AAUAUACAUUCUCAAGGUCUCUGAGAGCCUAAACAAAAUCGUGAUUGCGCAGGAGUUUUCGACUACUCUUAAAUUUAGACUAGUGUUUUCAACAAUACUCAAUUUUCACCAAUAAAUAAGUUUGUUUUCAACAAUAACCUACUGAGUAACAACUUCUUGUUCAAAAUUAUCAUAAACAUUCAAGGAAAAAAAUGUUUAUUGAAUCAUAUGGUGAUGAAAUUUCUCGUAUAUUCACUUUGGAGAAAAUUCAGAAUCAUCGACUUCGACCAUUAUUUGAUUUACAUUUAAUAUGGGUGACUUUAAAGGUUUCUUUUAUAAACGAAACACAAAUCGAAGCACAAAUUUUACUCCAUUUUUAUUACAGAAGUUUUUUCUACCUGUUGGAUAUCCAUUUAGUGUGAGUGAUGAUUAUUUAGAAUAUCAAAUUUGGGAUACUAUACAAGCAUUUGCUAGCAGUAUCACUGGUACUCUUGCAUCACAAGCAGUAUUAAUCGGUGUUGGUGUGGGCAAUUCAUCAGCUACCGUAUUAAGUGCUAGUCUGACAUGGAUGUUUAAAGAUGGUUCAGGUAUGAUUGGACGAAUUCUAUUUGCUGGUUAUCAUGGAAGUAAAUUAGACUGUGAUUGUAAAUUUUGGCGAUUCAUUGCUGAUAUUUUAAACGAUUGUGCUUUAUUUCUUGAACUGAUUUCUCCACUAUGCCAAUAUUUAUUUAUACCGUUAAUUUGUUUGGCCAAUCUACUUAAGUCAUUAGUUGGUGUCGCGGGUAGUGCAACACGUGCAGCUAUUGUACAACAUCAAGCGAUCAAUAACAAUUUAGCUGAUGUUUCAGCUAAAGAUGGUAGUCAGGAAACUUUAUCUAAUCUGAUGGCAUGGUUACUUAAUUUUAUUCUAUUAUAUUUGGUAACCGGUAAUCAAUUUCUUAUAUGGUUAUGUUUCGGUUGUUGUACCAGUGUACAUUUAUAUUGUAAUUAUCGUGCUGUCCAAUGUUUACAAUUGCAUACAUUCAAUCGUACACGUUUUCAUUUAGCUAUACAAUUAUGGUUUGAACAAUUCACAAUUCACAUGUCAAAUAAUCAUCAUGAUAAUACCGAUCAUUACAUGAUGCAUCAUCAGACACUUACAUUUCCAACAGUGACAUUGAUUAAUCAAUAUGAACCAAUUUUAUGCCGAACAAAUCAACCAUUGAUUCAAUUAGGUUGUUCAUUGUAUCAUUUACCUAUGGAAGGACAAAAAUUACUACCGACUUUGAUAUGUGUAUGUGAAAAGAACAAUUAUAUUUUAUACUGUUCCAAUUGGGAAGCUGUUCAACAAGGCAACACAAAUGUUCCAUUGACAAUGUAUAUUAUUUUAUUUUCUGAUUCCAAACCUUUGGAUCAACUUAAAGCUAUGUUUCAUGUGGAAUUGAUUACAUUCAUAGUAAAGUAUCCAUUGAAAACGGCAUCAACUCAAAAAAUAUUUCAGAAUAUAAUUGAAGCAAAAAAUUAUAUUGAAUUUCUACAAUCUACUCUAACUCUGCUUGAUCAAUUAUGGAAUCCUUUAAUGAAUUCAUUAAAAUUAAAUCAACAAUGGAAUUUGAAUACAUUUCAAUUUGCCGCGGAUAUAUGGAGAUUAAAUCGAAAACAAUAGCGAUCACAAUAUAAUUAAUUAUAUUGAAUAGAGAGAGAAAAGUGUGAAUUUCUUUUUUUUCUAUGAUAUGUGUGUUUUUUGUAAUAAUAAUAAUGAUUGGU